UUGUCAAACGAGCGGAGAUCUAUCUAGGCACUUGACGAGCGAAACGGAAUAGCUUUUAUAUAAAAAACUGCGUUAAUAAAUCAGUUAAUUGUUUUCGUAUCUUGUUAAAAACUACCUGUUAUUCUUAUAGCCCAUUUCUAAUUACAUAGUACUUCGCAAUGGAGGGCAUUUAUGACGAUUUGAGCAAUUACGAAGACGUAAACGCUGUUCAUGAGCUGCGUAAUGAAAACAAAGAAUUGAAAGUGAAGCUUGAGGAACAUGCUGCAGCCAUGCAAAAGCUUCAAAGACAAAUAUUACAGGAUUAUGACACCUUGGAGAUGGAAUUCAAGAAACUGGAGAACAACUACUCUUCAUUGUUGAAAACUGCUCGGUCAGAGAUUGAGAGGAAGAACCAAAGGAUUACACAACUUAAUUUGGAAAAAGACACAAUGGUAUUAGAAGCUUUAAAGAAAGGACAAACUAUAAGAAGGCACUUCAACAAAGGUGUACCAAAUAAUCAGAGAUACAAUGAGAAACCUAAUUUUCCUGAUAAUAGGAAAGAAAGAUUUGAACCGACUCCAAGAGACACAAAGGACCUGAUUACUGAUACUCAUAAUAGGAAUAAGUUUGAAAGUGCGGGUGCAAGAGAUGUAUGCACUAGUAGGAACACUAAUGUGGUACAUAAAAAGACUGAAUUCAAUGAAAUGCCUAAAAUGCAGGCAAGCAGCAUCCGGGAUAGAAGGAAGUCUACACCUGCUGCAUGCAGCAUGCCGGGUGACUACUUUAGUUCAGACGAAGAAAACAAACAAAACUAUCAAGCCAAAGAUACAAGACCUGAUUAUCCACCGAUGGAUAAGUUUGACAAGAGAUAUAUUAAUAAACAUUCUCUAGAUAGACAUAGCAAUAAAACUUCAGAAACAUCCAGUUUUGAAGACAGAGCUAAUAAUUACCAUGAAUACUCUUCGAGGGAUUCAAGGGAUAAAGUGAGAUCUGGUAGAAAUAUGGCAAGCAGUUCAUAUAGGGCCCGAGACAAGUAUGAAUUGAAACCAAGGAAGCCAUAUAGCCCUGACAGAGGAAUGAAGAGGAGUUACAGAGAACAUCAAGAUGACUAUCGGAGACAAGAACGCGGGAGAUAUCAAGCAAGAUCACUGGAAAGUCCGCCACCUGAACCUUACAGUCGUCACUCACGUCGCUAUCCGGAGCCCCGGCCCUCGUCUGACUCCAGACAUGGCCAUGAUUAUGAAAAAUAUACAUACCGCCAUGAAGACAAGUACUCUUCUAAAAGUAAAUUAUCCAUGGAUCACGAUGAGCCACAAAGUAAAAGACUGAGAAGGGAAUCAUUUGGCAAUCCUGAUGCACACUCCAGGGAAGACAGGACCAGGUAUCACAAUGAGAAAGAGUCCUCGGAAGGCUACCGCAACCCUGAAUUUUCGCCACAUGAAUAUGAAACGUAUCGUUACUCCUGUCAGUCACCAGAUUUAGAGCACGCCGACGCAGCUUCAGCCGAACCAAUAGAAAUUAAGACUGCUACUACUACACCCAUACAAGAUCCCCGACUGACAGACAGUAAAUAUAUUUUGAAGCAAGAACAUGGAAAGGAGACAAUAUCCACCACAGUGGGCAGAGAUAUUGAUCUCAUACCAAUUGACAAAGCUAAGUGGAAUAUGACUCCAGUUCAAGUCCCUUAUGCUUUAAUGCAGCAACCUUCUGAAUAUAGAGAUGACAUUGUUAAACAAAUUUAUAUGGACAUCGAUAGUCCAAAUGCCGAUGCACAUUCAGCAGCGGAAUCAGUUCCCUAUAGUUCUAAUGAUAGUUGUAACGAAAAUUACCAAGGUAGUAUAGAUGUUGCAGUAAGGCUAGAAGAAACAGAUUUUAAUUCAAGACAGGGAACAGAUGCUCAUUUAAAAGAUUCUCAACAUAUAAACAAAUAUCGGAUUCCUAAAGUUGGGCAAGAUAAAAUAAACGCUCGAAGCCAAAUGGAUUUUCAACAUAUUGAAUUAGGCUUUACUGAACCUCAUAUUGCGAACAUUCAUAAUAAAGUUGAAACUGAGACUCGCGUUCGAAAAGAAUUAGUACAUAGCCAGGAACCUAGAGAUUGGCGUGAUGAUCGACGUCAUAUGAAUGAAGAUUGCGGCACAAUGGAAGAUAAAGUUGGAAUUCAAAAGCGAAAAGCUAAUCUAGCUAUUGUUGCAGAUGAUUUAGAACUAAGCGACGACAAUAGCGACCAUUUUGAUAUUAACCGCCACACAGUUUCGGAAAACAAUCCGAAAAAAUCGACAGCACAGCUAACUGCCAUGGAUGUUACAUGUGAGGUUUCUGUUCAAAGAAUAGAUAAAGAUUCAUCCAAAACUUCUUCGGACAUUGACCCAUUUGAAUUGCACAGUGUUGGGGAAGUCAGAAAUGAUGAAGCUGGCUCUACUGAGAGACAUAAGACUAAACUUAACCCAAAGGAAGUAAGAUGUGAGGAUUCUGUUCAUAAAAUAGAAAAAGAUCCAUCUAAUCCAUACAAUGCUGUCAAGGAACUCAAAAAUAAAUCUAAUAGUAAACUUAAUACUAAGAAAGUUAAAGGUGAUGAUUAUGUUCAUAAAGUAGAAAAAGAUUCAUCUAAACAAUUUGUUGCUGAUGAAGAAAUCAGAAAUAAAGAAGAUGACUGUACUAGGAAGUCGAAGAGUAAACUUAAUAACAAGGAAGUUAAAUGUGAUGAAUCUGUUCUUAAAGUGGAUAAAGAUAUAUCUAAAACAUCGCUGAGUUUUGACUUUGUUGAUGACGUCAAAAUUAAGGAUGCUGACUGCGCUAGGAAGCAUAGAAGUAAAGUUAACACCAAGGAAGCUAGAGGUGAUGAUUCUAUUCAUAAAACAGCAAAAGAUUCAUCUCCAACAUCUUCUAGUUUAGAAACUGUUGAAUCGAAUGUUACCAGAGAAGUGAAAAAUAAAGAUACUGACAGUGGUAGAAAGCACAGGGGUAAACUUAAUACCAAGGAAGUUAGAGGUGACGAUUCUGUUCACAAAACGGCAAAAGAUUCGUCUCAAACAUCUCCGAGCUUAGAAACUAUAGAAUUGAAUGAUGCAGCAAUAGAAAAAAAUAAAGAUGUUGAAAGCGCCAGGAAGCAUAGGAGUGAACUUAAUACUAAGGAAGUUAGAGGUAAUGAUUCUGUUCACAAAACUGCAAAAGAUUCGUCUCAAACGUCUCCGAGCGUAGAAACUGUUGAAUUUAAUGACGCCGAAGAAGUAAAAUAUAAAGAUGCUGAUAGCGCCAGGAAGCAUAAAAGCAAACUUAGAACCAAGGAAGUUAGAGAAGAUUCUGUUCGUAAAACAGCAAAAGGUUCAUCUAAAAGAUCUCCGAGUCUUGAUUUGACUGAUGCUGAAAAAGCAAAAAAUAAAGAACCUGACUGUACAAGAAAACAGAAGGGUAAAAGGAAAAAAUCUCAAUCCGUGGAGAUUCCCAAAGAUUUGAUAGAAAGUAUAGAUGCCGUUCAAUUUUCAGAAAAGAAGGUAAAAAACAAAAAGGAAAAGGAAGGUAAACCUAGAGAAACAAAGGAAACAUUUUCUGCGCUCUUCGGAGAUAGUAGCAGUUUGAUGACUCCAGAGGAUUUAGGAAUACCUAUGUAUGUACCUAUUUCAGAAGACGCGCAGGAUGCAGUAGACAUAAAAAUAGACCGAAUUAUUGAUGCUCCGACACAAGAAGACGAAGACUUUCCUGCCAUUGUUCAUAAAGUAAAUGCCAUAGAAAUGACGGAAGAAGCAACAGCCGUAACCCAUGACGAUAAACCUACAGAUGUUCCACAAAAUUCUAACAUGAAAGAAAAAGAAGGGUUUGAACAAAUAGGAGGUAAAAAGGCCCCCAAAAAGAAAGGAGUUAACGAAAGUUUAUUGGUGUCUAUUAAUAUAGAACCCCAUGAACUUCCAUCGCCUGUUCUUUAUGAAAAUAUGAACCCUGGGACUGAUUCUAACGAACCGCCUGACAUUGUUAAAACUGUUGUAAUUUCAACAGGGAAACAGCCUGAAAUAGAGUUCGAUAAUAGAGAACUCACAGUAACCCCUAUCACGGAUGUGGUAGGCGAUGAAGAACAAACCGCUGCAGAUGUUAGUCAGGUUCCAGCUUUCAAGGAAUUUAAAAGACUGGACUCACUGAAAGCUUUAGCUACGUCUACACCACACAAAGAUUUUCCGAUAUCAAACCCAAUAGAAGCGGGUGUUAUGAAACCUAUUAUUGUUUGUGACUCUAAUAAACCUGUAGAACAAGGAGUCAAAGAAAAUUGCGCGAAUACUUUAGAAAGUCAAGACGCACCUGACGUGAGAAUCUUUGUGAAAAGGCGCAGAAAACUUGCGAAGCGGCCAGCCACUUAGCAGCCGCUGACUGACUGUAUUAGGCUUGUAAUCUGUGAAGUGUGGAAUGUGGAGCUGAGUAGGAAGAUUCCGUGUGACUUGUAUCCGCACUGGAUGUGUGCAGCGGCCGGCAGAAACGUUGUAGUAUUUCAUUUAGAUUGUAUUUAAGUUACCACCGUAUUUGAAAUAAGUUCAAUAAUUUCUCUAUUUAUGUAAAUACUAGUUACUUUACUCUCUAGAUGGGAUCCUUGUCUAUUUUAGUGUAUGGCUUAUUUUUGUAUUAAACAUGACAAUUCUUUUAGAAUGUUGGAUAAAAGUAUGAUUUUAAUAGAAGCAAUUUGUUGUUCCGGCAGACAUGACCGUAUCUAAA